GUUUACAUGUUUCCGUGCGGAUGUGUUUUAUGUGCAAGUUCCAGGAAUGACUUGUACAAUAGAAAAGGUCUUGGCCGAUGCCAAAUCGCUGGUGGAGAGAUUACGGGACCAUGAUAACGCGGCCGAGGUUCUCAUCGAGCAAACGACGUCCCUGAGCAAGCGAGUGGAAGCAAUGAAACAGUACCAGGAAGAGAUAAGUGAGCUCAACCGGGCUGCCAGGCACCGGCCCAGGUCCACUCUGGUCAUGGGGAUCCAGCAGGAGAACCGGCAAAUUCGAGAGCUGCAGCAGGAGAACACAGAACUCCGUACGUCUCUGGAGGAACACCAGUCCGCACUAGAGCUGAUCAUGAGCAAAUACCGGGAGCAGGUCUUCCGACUGCUGAUGGCCAGCAAAAGGGAUGACCCUGUGAUUAUCACCAAGCUGAAGGAACAGCACACCAAUGAGCUACAGGCCCACAUAGACAAGAUUCAUGAGAUGGCCACGGUGAUGAAGAAAGCCAUCCAGGUGGACGAAGGCCGGGUGUGCCAGGACGAGGAGCGAAUCAAACGCCUUGAGCUGGAGAACAGGGGAUUGCGGGAGCUGCUGGGUAUCAGUCGGGAGGCCUUCCUGCUGCUGAAGAAGGAGGACAUGUCCGACGCCACCUCACAUUCUGGCUUGGUCACUAGCGCCGACCUCAGUCUGAGGAAGAGCUAGAGCCACACCCGCCGCAGUCAUACCCACACCCGCCACACACGUACAGCCACACGCCAUCCAGGCCAUAAGUCACUCCCACCAACCAGACCAAAUGCCACUCCCGCCAGACCUGGAACCCCCUCUAACUGCUGGGGCACCGUUCCGAUCCUGUAGCCCUCCGGUCCACUUAAGACCGCUCAGUAGUGCCACUUCUGAACCUUCUUACCCUCUACAGGUCCAGAAACAUAGCCUUCCAUAAUAUACAGUGAAUGAUGGCUGUGUUUUCCUGUGUCGUAGUUGGUGGGAGCACUACAUGGUAUUCAGAUG